AGAUGGCACUAUGGCAGUAUCCAGCCGACCGAGCACCAGCAACCGGUUCACACACGCAAGCUCCGGCCAGCACAACACAACCAAGGGCGCCACUGCGCGAAAACCCAACCCGCGAAGCCGAGCCACGGAGACUCCCGCUAGGCCGAUGCAGCGAACGAUGCUGCUGCUAGCCCUGGCAUCUGCUGCAGCGUGCACGGACGAGCAGCCUAGCGGCGGCAGAGCGGCACACGACGCCGUCACGGGCGCGCCCACACACUCAGCCACUCAGGCACAGCCACUGCAGUACCGCGCACAUAAAACACACACUCACGCGCCACAUUCCCACCUCUUCCUCCCAAAAUUUCCCACACCCGACAACAAGCAACCCCAGCAAAAGCCACCGCCCGCACAAAAAAAAAAGGCCAACGCCAGUGAGGAAAGCUUCGGUUACAGCUCCAGCUCCCCUCCUCUCUCAAGCUUCGCCUUCCUCACCAAUGCCUCGCCCGUAGCUGCGUCCCCAGCUCCAACUCCCGUCGCGAUGGCCGGCCCCCGCGCGCACGUGGCGGCGGCGGAGGCGGCGGCGCUGGCGGCCCUGUUCGCAAUCGCCUCCUUGGCAUGCUGCGCCGUCGCGGAGCCGCCGCCGAGCGAGCGGUCCGCGCUGCUGGCGUUCCUCACGGCGACCCCGCACGAGCGCCGGCUCGGGUGGAACACAUCAACGCCGGCCUGCGGCUGGGUCGGGGUCACGUGCGACGCCGCCAACUCCACCGUCGUCGAGGUCCGCCUCCCGGGAAUCGGCAUCAUCGGCGCCAUCCCGCCGGGCACGCUCGGCCGGCUCACCAACCUCCGCGUGCUCUCGCUCCGCUCCAACCGCCUCCUCGGGAGCAUCCCCGACGACGUGCUCCAGCUGCCCAGCCUCAAGGCGCUGUUCCUGCAGCAGAAUCUGCUCUCCGGCGCCAUCCCGCCGGUGGUCGCGAGGCUCGGCGGCCUCGAGCGCCUCGUGCUCUCACACAACAACCUCUCGGGCUCCAUCCCCUUUGCGCUCAAUAACCUCACCGCGCUGCGCGUGCUCCGGCUCGACGGCAACAAGCUAUCAGGGAGCAUUCCCAGCAUCAGCAUCCCGGGACUCAACGUCUUCAACGUCUCCGACAACAACCUCAACGGCUCCAUCCCGAAAUCGCUCUCGCGCUUCCCGCGGGACUCCUUCGCCGGCAACCUCCAGCUCUGCGGCGAGCCGCUUCCACCCUGCACCAGCCCCUUCUUCCCCCCGUCGCCGGCUCCCGGGCUUAGCCCGGGCGGCGGCCCCGAGCCUGGCUCCUCCAAGAAGCGGAAGCUCUCCGGCGCGGCAAUCGCCGGCAUCAUCGUGGGCGCUGUGGUGGCGGCGCUCCUCCUCCUCAUCGUCAUCGUGCUCUGCGCGAGGUCCCACCGGCGGGGAGCAGCCCGGGAGGGGCCAAAGGGCGCGACAUCCGCGGCGGCGCCAGCGAGAGGGCUGGGCCCGACGGCGUCAGGUGAGGGCGGCGGAAUGACGUCCUCGUCCAAGGAAGACCUGGGCGGCGGCGCGUCCGGGUCGGCCGCCGCUGCGGCGGCUGCGGCGGCGGGCGCCGGGGCUGGGGAGCAGAGCCGGCUGGUGUUCGUGGGGAAGGGCGCGGGGUACAGUUUCGACCUGGAGGACCUGCUGCGCGCGUCGGCGGAGGUGCUGGGCAAAGGGAGCGUGGGGACGUCGUACAAGGCGGUGCUGGAGGAAGGCACGACGGUGGUGGUGAAGCGGCUCAAGGACGUGGCGGUGGCGCGGCGCGAGUUUGACGCGCACAUGGAGGCGCUGGGCAAGAUGGAGCACCGCAACGUGCUCCCCGUCCGCGCAUACUACUACUCCAAGGACGAGAAGCUCCUCGUCUACGACUACCUCCCCAACGGCAGCCUCUCCGCCAUGCUACACGGGAGCCGGGGCUCCGGCCGGACGCCGCUGGACUGGGAGGCGCGCAUGCGGUCCGCGCUGUCCGCCGCUCGCGGGCUGGCGCACCUGCACACCGCGCACAACCUCGUGCACGGCAACGUCAAGGCCUCCAACGUGCUCCUCCGCCCGGACGCCGACGCGGCCGCGCUCUCCGAUUUCUGCCUCCACCCGCUCUUCGACCCGUCGUCGACGCGCGCCAGCGGGUACCGCGCGCCGGAGGUGGUGGACACGCGGCGGCUGACGUUUAAGGCUGAUGUGUAUUCCCUCGGCGUUCUACUCUUGGAGCUCCUGACGGGCAAGUCCCCGUCGUACGCGUCCCUGGAGGGCGACGGCACGCUGGACCUGCCUCGGUGGGUGCAGUCUGUGGUGCGCGAGGAGUGGACGGCCGAGGUGUUCGACGUCGAGCUGGUGCGGCUGGGCGCAAGCGCCGAGGAGGAGAUGGUGGCGCUGCUGCAGGUGGCCAUGGCGUGCGUGGCCACCGUGCCGGACGCGCGGCCGGACGCGCCCGACGUGGUCCGGAUGAUCGAGGAGAUCGGGGGCGGCCACGGCCAGACGACGACAGAGGAGAGCGAGCAGGGCGUGCGGGGCACGUCGGAGGAGGAGCGGUCGAGGGGCACGCCGCCGGCCGCCCCGACGCCGUGACGCCGCGCAGGGAAGGGUAAACGGUAAAGGUUUGGCAAAUUGCAUAGGCUGUUGGUACUUGUAUGUCAGGUUGUUCUGUUCUUUCUCUAUUCUUUUCGGUUUCUUUUUUAUCCAUGUUAUUGUUUUGUUGGAUCAAAUUGUUUUUUCCCCCUCUCUCUCAGGCUUCAUUCAUCAAAGUAAAAAAUGUAAUUUUUCUUCA